AACAACAUCAACAGCUGUAACUUCAGAAUCCACAACUCUCACUUCAACAACAAUGCCUACAUCUACAGAAACAACUGCACCCGUAACAACUUCAGUAACUACAGCAUCCUCAACUACUGAAAUUCCCACAACCACAGUUGUGAGUACAGAAACAACAUCUAUUACUUCAACAGUGGUGCCUACAACUUCAGAGAGUACAACAGCAGAAAUCACAACUACAGCUUCAUCAACUACACCUACAACAACAAACGAUCCAACAACAUCAACAGCUGUAACUUCAGAAUCCACAACUCUUACUUCAACAACAAUGACUACAUCUUCAGAAACAACUGUACCUGUAACAACAUCAGUAACUACAGCAUCCUCAACUACUGAAAUUCCCACAACCACAGUUGUGAGUACAGAAACCACACCAAUUACUUCAACAGUGGUGCCUACAACGUCAGAAAGUACAACAGCAGAAACCACGACUACAGCUUUAUCAACCACCCCAACAACAACAAACGAUCCAACAACAUCAACAGCCGUAACUUCAGAAACCACGACUACAUCUUUAUCAACCACACCUACAACAACAAACGAUCCAACAACAUCAACAGCUGUAACUUCAGAAUCCACAACUCUCACUUCAACAACAAUGCCUACAUCUUCAGAAACAACUGCACCUGUAACAACAUCAGUAACUACUGCAUCCUCAACUACUGAAAUUCCCACAACUACAGUUGUGAGUACAGAAACCACACCAGUUACUUCAACAGUGGUGCCUUCAACUUCAGAAAGUACAACAGCAGAAACUUCAGAUUCCACAAUUCUCACUUGUGAGUACAGAAACUACACACAUUACUUCAACAGUGGUGCCUACAACUUCAGAGAGUACAACAGCAGAAUCCAAGACUACAGCUUCAUCAACCACAUCUACAACAACAAACUAUCCAACAACGCCAAUAGCUGUAAUUUUAGAAUCCACAACUCUUACUUCAUCAACAAUACCAACAUCUUCAGAAACAUCUGCACCUGUAACAACAUCAGUAACUAA